AUGAUAAAGCGGACAAUAACCAACGAUUCAACGUAUCGAAAUAACUCGGUCUACACAGGUAGAAUUCUAGUUAAUUUAAAUGCCGCUAACAUCGAUAUUGAAGCUCUUGAAACAAAUCCCAUUACUGGAGAAUCCAAAAAGAUUGUCUAUCGAUAUCAAUUACUUGACUCUAAAACUAUUUUACAGAGAUUAUUGGAACGUUUAACAACCUAUGGGAAACUACACAAAUUUCAAAACACGUAUGUUCAUCAUUCGACUAAUAAUUCCACUCAAGAUACCGAAGAGAAAUGGUUAGUUGUCAUCAUCUUGGAUGCAUUUUUACUUCGUCAAUUUUCCGAUGAUGUCAAGUUUACUCGACCACAAAGUAAAAUUGAUGAAGAACAAGCUGAAGAAUAUCGAGCUAACCAGCAGAUUUUGUCUUUUCAAUGUCAUGAUUAUUACAUUGAACAAGACAAUCGAAUGGGAGCUUGUACACAUCAUAACGGAUUCAUUUAUGAUGUUUUUUCGGUAGACUUGGCUGUAUGUAUUCGAAAACGUGUCAUUGAAAGCCUAUUAGACGAAGAAUCGCGAUUCAAUGGUAGACUCAAUCGUAACCCUCCAACACAGGAAGAGAAGGAAAAUUUUGAACGACAAAAACAUCGAUUCAGAUAUAUCUGUUGCGAUCAAGUUCUUCAAAUUGGUGGUGCAAUGAUUGGAUGUAAACGAGACAAGCAUAGUGAACCAAAUGUUACUGGUGAGCAUUGGGAAACAACUUGUAAUAGAAAUCAAGAAUACCGACAGAAAAGAUUGGCACUACUUAAAAAACGAACUCAAUAA